CAAGAAAUAUAAUUUUUGUACAUUCUAUUUGACAUUAACAUUCUGUAGGGUUGUUUAGAAUAUAAAUAUACAUAAAAAAAAUGUGGUUUGAGAUUCUCCCCAGUUUCGGUAUAAUUGUUGUUGCCUUGGCUGUCCCUCACGCAUCAGCUUACGUGAUAAAUAAACUGGUAGUAGGAAAUAUGUAUCGCAGGGGUAUGUACAAAUAUCAGGAUAGAUUACAAUAUCUGAGGGACAGGCGGCUAACUGGUAAUCCGUACAAAGUUCAGGGCCUGGAAGCCAUUCCCGAUAAAUAAAUGAUGGUAUUACAGCAAGUAAAGAAAUGUACAAUUCGUCGUGUGUGUAACAUAAGUCAAACAUUAAGUAGUAAUAUACAAUUUUAUUAUUAUUA